UGCCGGGCGGCUCUUCGGCUGGAGCUGGGAAGGGAGCGCUUCUCCGGACUCGGCUCAGCUCUGAGGCUCCGAAGCCGACGCCGCCAGCUCAGCCCUGGGGGCGGGAGCAGGACUGUCCGCGCAGCCUGCACCUGGUAGCUGCCGAGCCCGGAACGCCUUAUGGGACGCCCCCGGGGGCUCUCUCUGCGCCCUGCUGCCACGUCCCUGUCCUAGGCGCCCGGGCUCCACGGCCUGCCCCGCCCGCAGCCCGCGGCCUGUCUGGAGAGGAGUAUGAGGCCCGGGGCCCCGCGGACGCCGGCCACAGGGCGGCAGGGGCCUAGCUGCGGAGCCCCGCGCCCGAGGGCGGCGGGUAAGGAGUCGCGGGAGCCAGCGAGGCGUCGGGGCGCGCAGAGGAGCGCCCCAGCCCUGGCGCCCGCUGGGCCGCGGGACUCGUGUGUGGCCUGAGCGCCGGGGAGGAGGCGCCCCUCCGUCCGGGUUCUGGGGAAGGCGCAGAGGGGCUCCACGGCGGCCCCUGACCCCUGGCCACCAUCCUCACGCUCCUGCUCCCGCGUGGGGGAUGUCGCGGCCCGGGCCCCGAGCGCCGCCCCGGCCCCGGGGCUGAGCUCCGGACCAUGUCCUCACGCAGCCCCCGGCCCCCGCCCCGCCGCUGCCGCCGCCGCCUGCCGCGCCCCUCCUGCUGCUGCUGCUGCUGUCGCCGCUCGCACCUCAACGAGGACACCGGCCGCUUCGUGCUGCUGGCAGCGCUCAUCGGCCUCUACCUGGUGGCGGGUGCCACAGUCUUCUCGGCGCUCGAGAGCCCGGGCGAGGCAGAGGCGCGGGCGCGCUGGGGCGCCACGCUGCGCAACUUCAGCGCGGCGCACGGCGUGGCCGAGCCGGAGCUGCGCGCCUUCCUCCGGCACUACGAGGCCGCGCUGGCCGCCGGCGUCCGUGCCGACGCGCUGCGCCCGCGCUGGGACUUCCCUGGCGCUUUCUACUUCGUGGGCACCGUGGUGUCAACCAUAGGUUUCGGCAUGACCACCCCCGCGACGGUAGGGGGGAAGGCCUUCCUCAUCGCCUACGGGCUGUUCGGCUGCGCCGGGACCAUCCUGUUCUUCAACCUCUUCCUGGAGCGCAUCAUCUCGCUGCUGGCCUUCAUCAUGCGCGCCUGCCGGGAGCGCCAGCUGCGCCGCAGCGGCCUGCUGCCCGCCACCUUCCGCCGCGGCUCGGCGCUGUCGGAGGCCGACAGCCUGGCGGGCUGGAAGCCCUCGGUGUACCACGUGCUGCUCAUCCUGGGCCUGUUCGCCGUGCUGCUGUCGUGCUGCGCCUCGGCCAUGUACACCAGCGCGGAGGGCUGGGACUACAUGGACUCGCUCUACUUCUGCUUCGUCACCUUCAGCACCAUCGGCUUCGGGGACCUGGUGAGCAGCCAGCACGCCGCCUACCGGAACCAGGGGCUCUACAGCCUGGGCAACUUCCUCUUCAUCCUGCUCGGCGUGUGCUGCAUCUACUCGCUCUUCAACGUCAUCUCCAUCCUCAUCAAGCAGGUGCUCAACUGGAUGCUGCGCAAGCUGAGCUGCCGCUGCUGCGCGCGCUGCUGCCCGGCGCCCGGCGCGCCCCUGGCCCGGCGCAACGCCAUAACCCCGGGCUCCCGGCUGCGCCGCCGCCUGGCCGCGCUCGGCGCAGACCCUGCGGCCCGCGACAGCGACGCCGAGGGCCGCCGCCUGUCAGGCGAGCUCAUCUCCAUGCGCGACCUCACCGCCUCCAACAAGGUGUCGCUGGCGCUGCUGCAGAAGCAGCUGUCCGAGACGGCCAACGGCUACCCGCGCAGCGUGUGCGUCAACACGCGCCAGAACGGCUUCUCGGGUGGCGUGGGCGCGCUGGGCAUCAUGAACAACCGGCUGGCCGAGACCAGCGCCUCCAGGUAGACCGCCCGCCCGCACGCCGGGACCCUCGCCGGGCUGCGGGGCCGCCAGGCGUGGUUUGCUUCACCUCUCUCAGACGCUGGCGCUUUCUUAAUCUUUAUCCAAUAAAAUGAAACCAAAAAAAAAAAAAGGUUUUUUAAAGAAA